AUGUCAGAUAGGAGGAAGAUAUACAAGAUUUCUACACAUCAUCAACGGUCUGCAGAAGGUCCGAAGCACGGCGGAAAUAUUGAAGAGAAGUUGUACCCCGUGAAAAAACAACGAGCCGCGCAGAAAUCAACAGCCUUAAAUAUUUUCAUACCUUCCUCCUUGCUCUCAUCGCCAUCAUCUUCGCCACUCUUGGCCCAAAAAAUGCCAUCAUCAUCAUCGUGCAAAAUCUUUUGCAACGAGCCACUAAGCAAAAGUAAAAAAUCGUUGGCAAUAAAAGUGAAGAGCAUCAAGCGGGAAACUCCUGUUAGCGACGUGGAGAGCAGAUACGAGACCAUCUCAAACCUGUCCACUUACAACGAUGAAGACACUGACUCUUGUCUUUCCGAGGAUUGGUGGACUCCGAUACUCAAUGAAAAGUAUUCAGCUGCUGCUGACGGCCAGAAACAGCAGAACAACACCCCUAACCCGUUCAAAACAAAAUACGACAUGCCCGUGCGUCCCCACACUUCGAUGGAAUUUACUAACACCAGCAAGAUGGAGAUGGACCGCGUGCCGUAUAGAGCCGCUCAAGAUUCUCAGCAACUUGUCAAAAAACUUUCCAAAUAUUCACCGGCGGCAAAUUAUUUUGUGCAUCCAUUCAUUGAAAUUUCAUCGUCUGUCAAAAAACCUGAAAAAUGCAAGACUGUGAAGGAAAAUAUUCAAAAAAGCAGCUAUUCAUCAAGUCGUCCUUCCCUACAUCAUCAGCAGAAAGUGUCUGACAGGUUGAGGCAGGUUCCAACAAAUCAGGUAGAAAAAAAGAGUGAGAACCUAGCAGUACCUGUUAAAGAAAAGCACAGUGAGUUGGCCUUGAAAAAAGGUGAAAUAGUUACUCUGAUAAAAGAAAUAAAUAGAAAUUGGUUCGAAGGUGAAAUAAAUGGUCAAGCUGGAAUCUUCCCAUCAAAUUACGUUGAUGUUAUUUUCUCUUUGGACGAAGCCAAGCGAAUGGCAAAUGAGAGGGAAGGAAUGGCCGUUGCAACCUACGAUUUCAUUGGCAGGCUUCCAAUCGAACUCUCACUGCGCAAGAACGACGAGGUGACACUGAUAAGGAAAGUUGAUGAGAAUUGGUUUGAAGGCCGUUUAAGAGGCAGGCAAGGACUGUUUCCAGCAUCAUACGUUCAAGUCGUCAAGGACUUGUCCACCUCUUCUACUGCAACGAAUGAUCACAAACAAUCCGAGGAGGACAUGAGGAAAUUCAGGCCGGUGUGCUACAAGGGAACAAUUUAUACAUCGUGUAACAAUCGAUCGUCACCUUCCAUUCUUCAUAAGAAUUCAACGGAAAAUAUUUUCCACGAUGAAAAAAGUUUUUCACAAUAUGAUGGCAGCUUGUUUAACCCACCUUCAAAAUCAAACAUCGUUCGUUAUGUGGAUGAAAUCAAAAACUGUUUCACCGAAAAGUGCGUGGCCUUGUACGAUUACAAGCCACAGAACGAGGAUGAGCUAUCGCUGAGAACCGGCGACAUCAUAAGAAUCGUCGAAAAGUGUGACGACGGUUGGUACGUGGGCGUCUGUGAGGCCAGCAACUUGUACGGCACCUUUCCUGGAAAUUACGUCAAGAUUAUCGAAUGA